AUGGAGCCCGUUAUUUUGGAGAAAAGAAACAUGGUAAUUGCGAAGAGAAUUAACGAAUUAAUCCGGCUGUCUCAAUUUGACGCGCUGGCGAAUUUGGAAGAGCUUUGGGUCUUCGGCUACGGAUCGCUUGUCUGGCUCCCGAACUUCUGCUUCUCGGACAAGAUCGUCGGGAAGAUCCUUGGCUAUCGUCGCCGAUUUUACCAAGGAAAUACGACGCACAGGGGCCGACCAGGUCGACCCGGGCGAGUAGCCACUCUGAUGAAGGACCAAACUGGAAGAUCGGAGACAUACGGCUGCGCGUACAAACUUUCCGGAAGAGAGCAAAUUGCUGCAGCAUUAGAGCAUUUGAACAUGCGAGAAUCCACCCUUGGCGGCUAUUCCUUGAGCGUCGAAGAUUUCCACAGCGCCGAGUUCGCGCCAAUUCCAGCGCUGGUCUACACCGCCACGCCAGAAAACGACCAAUUCACGGGCGAACAGUCCAUUGAAGAAUUAUCUGACAUCAUCGCGAAUGCAAGCGGGCCGACCGGGUCCAACGUGGAAUAUCUCUUCCGACUGGCCGAAUGGCAGCGCGAGUUUCUACCGUUUGUCGAGGACGACCAUCUUUACGAACUGACGCGGCUGACGAAGACUAAAUUGGCGAGAAUGGAACGCGAAAAGAAUAACCCGCGACGAAUGGUCAGAAAUGGCAAUUAA